GACUCGACGUGUGAGCAGGGGUGGUCCUGCAGCUCGGAGGGGAAGGCCUGCCUCCAUCUAUUUAUUUUCACUCCUCUCUCGCCUCCCACGCAUUUCACGUCUCUGUGUGUGUGUGCUGGACGAGGUGCCGGUCGCUGCUGGAUCUCCCGGAGCCGAGAGCUGUCGACUGGAACCCCGGGACGCCCCCGCCGCUCCGCCGCCCGUCGAAGCGUCCCGACGUCCGGCUGAUCGCCUCCCCGGGACUCGCUCGGUUCCUCCGCUUCCUCCGCCCGGUUCCGAUCCACCGGAGGAUUCCUGCGGUCCGCUCCGCCUCCCGGCCCCGUGGACCGCGACCCACCGAGGACAUCUCCCCGUGUUUGUGGACCGUUGUCCCCCGGGGAUCGAGAGCAGGCCCCGGACUCAUCCUCCAGCCUCGCCUGUCCUCCUUGUCCCGGAGACAUGGGAGACACCAGCGAACGCAGCAAGCCGCCCGGGCUCCCCCCGCGGUGUCCCUGCGGGUUCUGGGGGUCCAGUAAAACCAUGAACAUGUGCUCCAAAUGUUUCGCUGACAUCCAGAAGAAGCCCCCAGGAGAGGACUGCACCCCCACGCCUAUCCAAAGCACCGGGAGUAGCCAAUCAACCCUUUUCACUAGCGAGACGAGCAGUAGCAGUAGCCAGUCACUAUUGUCGUCGCCGCCCCCCCCCAGCUCUGAGCAACCAUCGGCCGAAGAGCCCUCGCCAGCGUUCCCCAGCACGAGGGAAGGCGCGUCGUCCACAGACACCGCCCAGGGAACCCUCUGCACCCCCACAAAGCGUCCACGAGAAUCAGCCUCGGGCUCGGAGAGCGAGGCGACGCCGGAGAAGCGGCCUCGGGCGGACGAGGAGGAGGGGGGCAGCGAGGAGGCCCGCGGGACGCCCAAGCAGAAGAACCGCCGGCGCUGCUUUCGCUGCCAAACCAAACUCGAGCUGGUGCAGCAGGAACUGGGCUCCUGCCGCUGUGGCUACGUGUUCUGCAUGCUGCACCGGCUGCCGGAGCAGCACGACUGCCUGUUCGACCACCUGGGCCGCGGCCGCGAGGAGGCCUCCCUCAAGAUGGUGAAGCUGGACCGGAAGGUGGGCCGCUCGUGCCAACGCAUCGGGGAGGAGUGCUCCUGAUCGGUCACGCCGGGUCCAGCCAUCCAGUGAAGAGAUGAGGCGCUUACUAA